AUGUCUGACACGGUGGAGACGCUGAAGUCAACCGUCGACAAGUUGGAGAAGAGAAUCCAGGACCUUGAGUCGCGGUUGACCGGCUCUUCUCCCUCCUCUGGCAGCAAUGACAGCAUGCGCAUGAUCCUGAUCGGUCCCCCCGGUGCUGGUAUGUCGGCGGACACAGUCGUCCCAAUUCAACGCGCCGAUGACGGAGUGACACAACUAACACAAUUGCUACGUAACAGGCAAGGGAACUCAGGCGCCCAAGAUCAAGGAGAAGUACAAGUGCUGCCACCUGGCAACCGGCGACAUGCUCCGCGCCCAAGUCGCGGCGAAGACUGAGCUCGGCAAGGAAGCCAAGAAGAUCAUGGACGAGGGCAAGCUGGUGUCGGACGAGAUCAUGAUCAACAUGAUCAAGAGCGAGCUAGACAACAACAAAGAGUGCAAGGGCGGGUAAGUAUCAAGAUUACAAAAGCCAAAUGGCUAUUCGAGAGGCGUCAAUGGUCAUUGGGUCAUGGUGGUUUGGCAUGGAAUACUGACAGCUGGCACAGUUUCAUCCUUGAUGGCUUCCCACGAACAGUCCCGCAGGCAGAGAAGCUCGAUGACAUGCUGAACAACAAGCAACAGGCACUCAAGCAUGCCGUUGAGCUUCAAAUCGAUGACAGCCUACUUGUUGCCCGUAUCACUGGUCGCCUGGUCCACCCUGCCUCAGGUCGCUCAUACCACAAGGUCUUCAACCCACCUAAGAAGGAGAUGACAGACGAUGUGACUGGCGAGCCCCUCACCCAGCGCUCGGACGACAACGAGGCGGCUCUCACGAAGCGGUUAAGCACAUAUCACUCUCAGACGGCACCAGUGACAGACUACUACCGCAAGACUGGGAUCUGGCGGAAGGUGGACGCCGGCAAGGAGCCGGGCGAGGUGUGGAAGAGCAUCCUUCAGAUCUUCGACCAAGAUGGCAAGAGCAGCGGUGGUCUCAUGGGUAGACUGGGCCUGCGAUCAUAG